UAUAGGGGGGAAGGACAUGGCCAGCCUCUGGCUUGUGUGGGUGGAUCCUGGGAAGGGAGCUAGGACAGAGCAAGGCUGGAGCCCAGGCCACGACCACUUCCUGGCAGGCCGCCGGCACUGCUGCAGCACAAACCAAAGCAGCGCAGCCUGGGAGUGGCCAACUGGGCACGGCCGGCCGGGUCUCAGCCUUCAUCAGGGUUUCCUGUCACGGGCAGGCUGGGCAGUCCCUGAGCCCAGGGACCUGGAUGGAACAGGGCUGCUGGAAGGCGGCUGGAUAGGGAAGAGGCCUUAGUUGUCUGAUCUUUGUGGGAAGGAAAAAUCGUCCCACCCUGCCUCACUUCUGGGAACCACCCUGAAGACUCAAGAGCAUCCCUAAGAGGGAGCAAGGACCGGAGUGAUUUAUGCUCUGCUCACAGAUGAGGACACUGAGGCCCAGAGAAACGUGAUGAAGUUGUUGAGAGUCUGCAUUGCCUAAACCAGGCUAGAGCCUGAGGUCUCCAGAACAAAAAGGAAGCACCAGGCCGCCCACUCCAGGGGAUAAAACGGCAAAACUGUGUCCUGCCUUCAGGUGCCCAGCAGCCCACACUCUUUCCUAGUCCCAUCGGGCACCAUCGACCCCGGUCACCUCGUCUCUACCUCUGCAGUCGGUCCCCCCGCAGCCGUAUCACCAUGGCAGCCCUGAUCACCGAGAACUUCCGCUUCCUAUCCCUCUUCUUUAAGAGCAAGGACGUGAUGAUUUUCAAUGGGCUGGUGGCACUGGGCACUGUGGGCAGCCAGGAGCUGUUCACUGUGGUGGCUUUCCACUGCCCUUGCUCGCCAGCCCGGAACUACCUGUAUGGACUGACGGCCAUCGGUGUGCCCGCCCUAGCGCUCUUUCUCAUUGGCGUCAUCCUCAACAAGCACACCUGGAACCUAGUUGCUGAAUGCCAGUACCGGAGGUCCAAGAACUGCUCGGCUGCUCCCACCUUCCUCCUUCUAAGCUCCAUCCUGGGCCGCGCGGCUGUGGCCCCCGUCACCUGGUCUGUCAUCUCUCUAUUGCGCGGUGAGGCCUAUGUCUGUGCUCUCAGCGAGUUCGUGGACCCCUCCUCUCUCAAAGCUGGGGAAGAGGUCUUCCCACCAGCCCAAGCCACAGAAAUCCUGGCCAGAUUCCCUUGUGGGGAGGGCCCUGCCAACCUGUCAAAUUUACGGGAGGAGGUCAGCCGCAGGCUCAAGUAUGAGUCCCAGCUCUUCGGGUGGCUGCUCAUCGGCGUGGUGGCCAUCCUGGUGUUCCUGACCAAGUGCCUCAAGCAUUACUGCUCGCCACUCAGCUACCGCCAGGAGGCCUACUGGGCACAGUACCGCGACAGCGAGGACCAGCUCUUCCAACGCACGGCAGAGGUACACUCCCGGGUGCUGGCCGCCAACAACGUGCGCCGCUUCUUUGGCUUCGUGGCGCUCAACAAGGAUGACGAGGAGCUGGUCGCCAAGUUCCCAGUGGAAGGCACACAGCCUCGGCCACAGUGGAACGCCAUCACUGGUGUCUAUCUGUACCGCGAGAACCAGGGCCUCCCACUCUACAGCCGCCUGCACAAGUGGGCCCAGGGCCUGUCGGGCAACGGCACAGCCCCAGACAACGUGGAGAUGGCCCUGCUCACCUCCUGAGGGUCCUGUUCUCACACUGUGGAAAUGCCAGUCCUUGGCCCCAAACUGGCCCGUGGCCUGCUCACAUCAGCAUCAGAAGGGGAUUUUUUUUUUUAAACCAUAGCUUUGUGAAAAAACAGACCAAGAGAAAGGAACACAAAGUAACCUGGGGUAGAGAGAGAGCUAGUAGACAAUGUGGUCAGUUGUGACAGCAAGGCUCUCAGACCUGAAAAAAUCCCCUCUCCUGUUGCCACUAGCCACUUGGUCAACAGCUUUGGAGGAAAGACCCUCUCCCAUAAGUGGUCCAUAAUUAAUUAAGAUGUGGAUAACCUUUGACUGGUGGGACUCCAAGGCCAAGAAGCCAUUGCCAGGCGAGCCAGGUGACAAUGAAACUCACCAGCAGGCUCUCUGUAUAGGUUAUCACGCAGUUCAUUUGUGUAAUUGCGUAUGGACGCCCAGCUCCAUGGUACUCAGCUGGGAAGCUGCCCUCCAAUGUAUGCUGCUGGCUUUAUUUUAUAUAUUUCUAUUUUUGAUAAAGCUUUUCUUAGUAUAAAGGACUAGCGUGGUGUCUGCAUGAUUGGGUGGGCCACACACAGCAGACUGGUGGUCAUGCGCACAGGCCCAAAUCCCGUCCCCUGUGGGAGGGAAGGGGACACAUAGACUCUGGGCAGAACCAUUAGGUUGG